AUGUCUGGGAAGUCAUUUUCUCAAUCAGAAUUUAACGCUGAUUCGAAUGGUGGUAGUCUUGUCGCUAGCCGUUGCUUUGGUCCGGAGCUAUGGUUGGGUGAAAAAUUGGCGAGUAGGGUGAAAUCCCAAAAAAUCUCAGGGAAGUCAUUUUCUGAAUCAGAAUUUAACGCUGAUUCGAAUGGUGGUAGUCUUGUCGCUAGCCGUUGCUUUGGUCCGGAGCUAUGGUUGGGUGAAAAAUUGGCGAGUAGGGUGAAAUCCCAAAAAAUGUCGAGAAAGUCAUUUGCCGAAUCAGAAUUUGACGCUGAUUCGAAUGGUGGUAGUCUUGUCGCCAGCCGUAGCUUUUGUCCGGAGCUAUGGUUGGGUGAAAAAUUGGCGAGAAGGGUGAAAUCCAAAAAAAUGUCUGGGAAGUCAUUUUCUGAAUCAGAAUUUGACGCUGAUUCGAAUGGUGGUAGUCUUGUCGCUAGCCGUUGCUUUGGUCCGGAGCUAUGGUUGGGUGAAAAUUUGGCGAGAAGGGUGAAAUCCCAAAAAAUGUCGAGAAAGUCAUUUCCCGAAUCAGAAUUUGACGCCGAUUCGAAUGGUGGUAGUCUUGUCGCCAGCCGUUGCUUUGAUCCGGAGCUUUGGUUGGGUUAA